UAGUGAUUCUACCUAUCAAAUUGAUUAUUCUACUUAAAACUAGUUUAUUUGUUUAUUCUAUUUAACAGUAAGUCAUGCAAUUAUUCAAUACUCGAGAAACUAUAGUGCUAAUUAAUAUGAAUUACUUACAGUGCCUAAAAGAUAUGAAAUUUCUAUAAUCUACAUUCAUGCAAUGUUAAACCUAUCUAGAACAUGAAAUGUUAGCUACUUGGGAAGGUGAAAUCUCAGUGAAAUACGUUAAAACACCGAAAGUUUUAAAGCUGCACCUAACCGCAAACUUGGCGGCGACUUUGUUGUGCUGCUAACAACCCGGUGACCCACUGGAUUUCGUGACCCUUUCCCCGCUAACAAUCUUUAAAACUUUCGAUGGCAAACUUACCACCGUUGCCGAAAGUAGCAUCAACGGGAAGCAGCGAUCCUCAACCGCGCCCCGAAUCAUAUAACAACCGGCGAUGCACAGGUCGCAGUUGUUCGUCAGUGAAUAACAGUUCACUAAGCAGAGCAUCCGCUCGUCUUGCCCUACAGCUAAGGCAAAUAAAUGAAGAGCGCGCAAUUCAGCAGCGCGAAAUUGAGAUGGAAAGGCGCGCUUUUGCCUUUGAGCGCAAAGUCCUGAAUGAAAAAUAUAGAUUGCUGGAGCAGCAAAUUCAAAGGAAGUCGACCUUCAAAGUACCUUCAGCCAAUGGUAUUCAGUUAUCAACUUCACCGCAUACAGCGGACAAUUCAACGAUUCCGAAGAAAUUAAAAAUUCCUUCAAUACAACCGAUAGGAAUUGAAUCCUUAUCAGAUCGGUUAAAAUCGCUUGGGACUCAGCAGCGUAUUUCAAGCGCGUUUCCCAAAGCAGAUUCGAUGACGCAAAAUAUGAGCGCAAGCAGCAGUGUAAGAUGUAAUAUGGAAAACUUCAUCUCUCGUGCACCGUAUGGAACACCAUCAAACUCCGAGUUCAACUAUGACGAUACAACCGGCCGAUCUCAUCAGCUAUGCCACGGUACUGUUCAGUACCAGAGACAAGUGUGUAUUUCGAGCCAAGGAUCAAGUUGUGUGAGGAAGUUCUCACAAAAUAUCCGUAGAAGAAGCAUUACUAACACCAAGGAUUUGCGAACAACCAGGAAGAUCAAACCUAUAUUUUGUCAGGGUCAGCAACGUAUAGUGAUAAAAUUACCAUUAUUGCAACUACAUCAGUUCAUUAAAACGCACAUAGAAUGCUCCAUAGUGUGCGUACAGGAAGAACUCACCGUUAUAGAGCGAGCGCAAUACGAUUAUAGAUCGGCAUUGAGUGAGACACGAGUAUGCCGUAUUCCUUCGUAUCUGGACACCGGCCAGAAGCUAGAAGAACGAACUCAGAGUAGAAUGAAGAACGUCGAGACAAAAUCCUCUCUGUUUAGUACAAAGAAGACUGACCUAUUGAUAGCGGUGAUGCACGGGAGCAGAAUGUUGUGGUACGUUUUUGUCGAAUGUCAGAACGCGAUGAUCACUCGACUGCUAUCGAACGCACCUCUUUUAAACCUCGUUAAACUGUCGAUAUUACGUGCGCUGCUCGUAUACACGACCGCGGAUCAGCUAUGUGGUCAACAAAAGCUCUACACUAUGAUUUCAACGCAGCACGGUUCCGACUACGCCGGAGCAGAACAAAUCAUCGUCUUCGUCGUUACUGUUCUUGUCGUCGACGCUGGAAUCUCCCGCGGUAGUCGAAAAAAGGAAAUGUGUAAAUUCUUCAAAAUGGGCAUUUAUCACUAUCGGUCGGUCUGUUUGAAUGCACAUUUCGCCCCUGCUACGGAACAGUCGCAACCCGGUCUAUCCUUUGCAGCCGAUUCAGGACUCAGUUUCACCAUUGAUCCUCUCAAACGGAUCAACGAACCGGAAUUUGUUUUUAAGUUCAAUGAAUGGCAAUCCCCUACUGGUUCGGUUGAGGUACAACAGGCAGAAAAGAAGUUACCAGAAGAACGACUGGUAUCACUGGAUUUGUCCGAGGAAGGUGUGGUAGCUGAUGACGAAGCGGAAGAAGAAGGUGCCAUCGCAGCUGCUGGAAUGCCCUAUGCGGUCGUUAUCACCAUGAACAACCACCGCAACGGCUUGGGAAUGACCGGAAUCCACGUCGAUUCGGUGCUAUGCCCAUACUUCGAGAGUAGGGGUGUCUGUAUGAUGGACACGUGCCCGUAUGUGGCAAUAUACAAGCGGUGCGACAAAUUUUGUCUGAACGUGCUCGACAAGGAACAACAAGGGCUGCACGACGUCGAGUGUAUCAAACAGCACGAGCUGGACAUGCAGCAGUCGUUCACCGUCCAUCGAUCCAAGGACAAAAUCUGCGACAUCUAUUUGAAGGUGAUCAUGGAGAAGCCGUACCGCGAGCAACGAUUCGGAAUCCUGCCCAACUUCAGUAACAUUUUCUACCUGAAGUGCAUCUGGACAUGGCGACUUGCGAAACACUCCAAGAACAAUAUUAAACUGGGGUGUCGUACGUGUCGCAUCCCGUCAGACUUUGUGUGUCCCAGUAUCGUGUGGGUGGGGAGUCGCGAGGAGAAGGAUGAGCCGAUCAAUGACAACAUAACGCACUGCAAGCACUUUAAGCAGGAUUCGAGCAAGUGUCUGUUCGGGAACAAGUGCUUUUACGUGCUGGUCGAUGUGGGUGGUCCGUCUCGACAGACCGACAAUCGACUGCAGAUCAGCCAUCUACAAGACUUUUUCCGCAAGGUGCUGUACCAGCGAGACCCCCUUCUGAUCGACUUCGUAUUGUCCAUAUUGUCCGACAGCGACGACUCAGCGAUGUUUGAACUGUUCGAUCAAAAUACAUACGCCGAGAGCAUCCUCAGAAGCUACGACGCUGGAGAGGAAUGCGUUGAAUAUCUGUACAAAGCGAUCGAGACCCUGACCGGAUAUUGGGACAAGUUGGUGCGGCAGUUGGACAUCCGGGACAAAUAUUGGAUCGGAAAGUACGAGCAAAGCAACGGAAGGGUGUACUCAAUAAGCUGCAUCUUUGAGGAACGGGAGGUAGCCACCACGGAGCGGAAGGUUCUGACCCGUGCCAUCCAGUGCUUACCGAACAAGGAGCGUUACAUGGAUCGAGUGUUCGAGGAGUGUUCCAACAGGGACCCGGAAGUAAAGAAGAAGAAAUUCGGCUUCAAAUACCACCGCUCGAAGGGGAACAACAUAGAACUGAUUUACCCAAUCAAUGCGAUCAGCGUGUUCAACAUUUGUACCACCGGGGGUUCCGAUGACUAUGGAAAGGCUCUGGGAGGACAAGCAGCGUCAAGAAGAUUAUUCGGGAUGAAGCCGACAGGAAAUCAUCGUCAGCGAUAUGUGAGGAAUUGUGACGAUGAUGACAAUCGUAGAAAGUAGAGUAACGUCAACGAACCAUCGGCUUCGGCAACUUGCAAGUUAGUUGGUAUAGUAUUAGGUAAAACUGGAUCGACCAGUGUAGAAACUAGUGACCAGUGUUACGGGGGGGAGUAUGUUACCGCUGGGAACACUGCAAGUGCAUUGGGCGGUACAGAGCUUCUAGCGAUGACAAUAGCUGACAGCGCUUUGCGCUUGACAGGGGCUAAAUUGUAGAUAGAGAAGAAAAGAAGGAUGAAAGAAGGGAACACAUAGUGAUUCUACCUAUCAAAUUGAUUAUUCUACUUAAAACUAGUUUAUUUGUUUAUUCUAUUUAACAGUAAGUCAUGCAAUUAUUCAAUACUCGAGAAACUAUAGUGCUAAUUAAUAUGAAUUACUUACAGUGCCUAAAAGAUAUGAAAUUUCUAUAAUCUACAUUCAUGCAAUGUUAAACCUAUCUAGAACAUGAAAUGUUAGCUACUUGGGAAGGUGAAAUCUCAGUGAAAUACGUUAAAACACCGAAAGUGUAAGUAAAUGAAAUAUUGUAUUCUGAAUUGCUAAUAUGUAAUAAAUAUCAAUUUGCAGUUUAAAGCUGCACCUAACCGCAAACUUGGCGGCGACUUUGUUGUGCUGCUAACAACCCGGUGACCCACUGGAUUUCGUGACCCUUUCCCCGC